AUGCCGUGUAUGCAGAGGAAGUUCAACGGCUCGUACCUCAUCACAAUUCCUGUUACUGUUGCCAGACCUGGUGGCUCUCAGCACUCAAGAAACGUGGAAAUAUGGACCUCAAACCCUAGAGACCACGAGGCAGAGAAACGUCUCGCGCAACGAAUUGCACUUGACGGUCUCCCAGCAGUAUCUCACUUGCCGACAGCAUCUCAACCUACUGUUACCACUGCAGCCACUUCUAACACUGAUAAAGAGAAAAAUCAUUGGAGUGCAGAACGAGCCAGGCAUGAUCUAUCUAGGUAUGAGCAGGCAAGAGACCGAACUAACGAUGGACGUAACUGGGAUAGAGAUAGAGGAAGACUUACUCAAGGUCAAUCUUCAGUUGGGGACGCUGUUGCACCUGUCAACCCGAGCUCAAGAGACACUGAGGAGCGAGGCAGUAAACCUCAGUUGCAAAGCUCAGCGAACAAGAAUCAAAGAAGCGACGUACCCCUUCCCGACCACCUCCCGCCCAGAGAGCCGGCAUCGAUGCGUCCUACCAAUCUUCCUGCUGACAAACCCGCGGUUGCAACUAUAAGCCUAGAAAGAGAGUCAAGGGCAACUUCUCACAGCUCUCAACACUCUUCUUUGAGAAAAUCUUCGCGGGCAAGAGCCAGCUCUCGUUCUGCAUCGAGAGAGGAGGAAAAACAUGAAAAGCGGAAGCAAAGGGGUGAAGCAACCACGAGUGAUGAGAAUCCAAGAUUGAAGCGGAAAGGAAACGAGGAAACCGAGGACCGUCGACUCAGAGGAGAGAAUUCUCGCCUAAGAAGCCAAGUCAAGGAGUUAUCUUCUGAAUUAGACGAAGCCCUCGAAAGAAUAGAGCGGAGGGAUAAAGCAAUCCACAGACUGAAGCUGGAUGUCGCAGCGUUACAGCACACUUUGGGCAAGAAGCCUGACACAGUCAAAGGUUCCGACGAAGGACGCACAGUACCCCCGUCCAAGGAUAAAUGUUCAGCUCCAAUAGGCGCUUCGGAUGACUCAAAGGAGAAAAACGUUGAAAGUCGCGAUCCACUUCAACAGCACUCUAUGGAUACACCAGGAGAUGUUGGGAUUGCUGUUACCAAAGACCAAUCCAAUGCUUUCCAACAAAGUAACCGCCGAGAACUCUAUCUGCUGAAGACGUUAGUCAUUACUCUCCAAACUCAAAAAUUGAAAAUGAACGACAAUAUUGCACUCCUGAAGCAAAGGUUAGAAUUGAUUAGGGGGGCGGUCAAUCUUGACUUUGAUGACAGCCUUUACGAGAAGCUGAUGGUGAAAUUGGACGAUCAGGAACAGAUUACUUAUGAGAAACUCCGGAGUCUCUAA